UUUUUUUUUUUUUUUUUUUUUUUUUUUUACAGAUGGGUCUUAUGUAUGUGUUCAAUCUAAUUGUGGGAACUGGUGCCCUGGCUAUGCCUAAACCAAUAGCUGAAGCAGGAUGGUUAUUGAGUCUAAUAAUUUUAAUUAUUUUAGCAUUUAUGAGUUUUGUUACAGUUACCUUCGUAACAGAAACAAUGGCUGCUGCAAAUGCUUUAGUCCAUAGUCAUACUGUUCGUCAUUUGAAAAAAGUUAUGAAAACUGAAGAAGAUGGAAAUGCAGAAAGUAGCCAACAGUUAGUUGAGCGUUUUUUGACAGAUGAAGUUAUUGCAAAUUCACUUGAAAAUGAAAAAGUACCUCUAUUAUUAAGCAAUUCGGUAGAUACGAUAUCAGAAACUUCAGCUGAAUAUUUCAAUAUAACAGAACGAAUUGAGAUGGGCAAAAUGGCUCUGUUAUUUUUUAACCGCACUGGUGUAAAUAUAUUUUAUGUGUGCAUUGCUGUUUAUUUAUAUGGUGACCUUGCAAUAUAUGCUGCAGCUGUGUCUAAAUCUCUUCGAGAUGUAUCAUGCACUUAUUCUCCAGUGGAUACACCAUGCAACAUAAGUUUAAAUGAUACUGUCUCUUGCUGGGCAUCUGGUGCAGUAACUAGAGGUGAUACUUAUCGAAUAUUUUUAGCAAUAUUUCUCUUUUGCCUUGGGCCCUUUGCAUUCUUCAAUGUCCAGAAAACAAAAUAUUUACAAAUUUUUACUACAAUAAUGAGAUGGCUAGCUUUUUCAACAAUGAUAAUCACCGCUGCUGCCGCUCUCAUUCAAGGCAAAGGAAGAGGUCACCCAAGUAUUGCAAAUGUUAGAGGUGUACCAAAUUUAUUUGGUGUAUGUGUGUAUUCUUUUAUGUGCCACCACUCAUUACCCUCCCUUAUAACUCCAAUAAGAAAUAAAUCCCAUCUGCUAAGGCUCUUUAUAGCAGAUUAUUUGCUAAUUCUCUUGUUUUAUUGUUUGCUUUCUUUUACUGGUAUAUUUACAUUUGAGCAUCUUUUAGAUAUAUAUACCUUAAAUUUUGAACCGCAGAAUUGCAAUACAGGAGAAAGCAUUCUUUCUGAAAAUUUUGCAGUGAUUCGUUAUUUUUUAACUUUGUUUCCUGUAUUUACGCUCAGUACAAAUUUUCCUAUUAUUGCAAUAACUCUGCGUAAUAAUUUAAAAUCUAUAUUUCUGAAAGAUAAUAAAAAGUACUCCCUUUUUGUUGACCGAUUGCUCUUCCCAUUGUUAGCUGUGAUACCUCCUGUAGCAAUUGCUUUUAUAACAGCUGAUUUAACUAUAUUGGUUGGAAUAACAGGUUCCUAUGCAGGUGCAGCCGUACAGUAUGUCGUUCCAGCAUUAUUAGUUUAUUAUGCAAGAAAAGAUAUUUUAGCAUCUUUAGGAUUAGGGGUAAAAAAUAAGCAUGCAUCACCCUUUAAGCACACAAUUUGGAUUUGGUUUGUUUUAUUAUGGGCACUUAUGUGUAUUGUUUUUGUUACAGUUGAUCAUAUUAUUCCAAAUAAGAAAGUAGUGUAGUACGAAGUUUUUUUUUUUGGGGGGGGGGGGAGAAAAUUAAUACUUUUCAAGUAUCAUGAACGACAUAUCCAUUAAACAUGUACCUCUGCUGAUGGAUGUGUAAAAUUUUGUUUCUGAAAAGCUAUUAAGAAAAAAUACUUUUAACAAAUAUUUCACACUUUUUAUCAAAUUACAAAAUUGUGUAAAUAUACCAUAAGUGAAGCUAAAAACUGAAUGAAUUUUUGUCUUUUUUUGUUUUUUUAUUUCAAAAUGGGUACUAUCUCAUUGUACAGUAAUUUAAAAGUCAAUUUUGAUUCUUUUUUAUUUAUUACAUGGAUUCAUGAAGUAAAUAUUUAAAUUUUAGUCUAUAUACUAUUUUUCCUAAAAAUAGGGUAAUAAACAUACACUCAACUUUGUAUUCUUUAUCCAUUUUUGGUUUAAUUCUUAUGUAUGUGUGUAUAUCUCUCUCUAUAUUGUAUAUUUUAAAAAUUAAAUUUUAAUUCAUAUUUAUAAGUACAUUUCUCACAUAUCUCUAAAAAUCAUGUUAAUCUUUUAAAAUAUGUAAUUUUCUUUUUAAGAAUGCAUUUUUUAGGGAAUUAAAUAGUAUUACAGAAAUAUAUUUUGAAAUAUAUGUAACUAAUCCAUACUUAAAUUUUGCAUUUAAAAAAACUCAUCAUAAAGAUUAAAAUUGAAUUUUUUAUGUAGCUGGAUUUAUGUCCCCCCUCCAGUAAAUGAAUAAAUAAAUAAAAAAAGGGGGACUGAUUAUGUAGUUUAAUAUUUUUAGCCUUAAGGCUGCUACUUGGCCUAAAUUUAGAUUGUUCAUUUAUUAUGACAAAAAGUGUAUUCAGCUAAAUAAGUUAAAGCUUCUUAAUGCAAAAAAUUAUGAAACUAAUCUGAAAAACUUACGGCAAUUAUGAAUUUUUUGUGAAUCAUUUUACAUCUGUCUUCAACAUCUAAGGAAACUGAUUUUCAAACAUUACAUUUCUUACAUGAAAUUGACUUUUUUGCUCUUAAGAACAAUAUUAAGAUACUAUGGUUACACAUUUUGAAUAAAGUGUCAAUCAUAAUGAUCAGUGUUUGAUACCAUUUCCUUUUAUUUAAAGUUGAGCACACUGUAUUAUCUUACUACAAAAUUGAGUGUAUGUUACUUUUUUAAUUAAUCAAUAUUGUCUUUCAUUUAACUUCUUAUGGCAGAUAGAAACUAUUUCUUAUAAAGAGUAUGUUCAUAUAGUAUAUAUUUGUACAACUGAAUGUUGGACCAUGUGCUUUAUAGAACCACACCCAUGGAUUCAAAGUCAUAUCAAUAUAUUUCUGGAUAGUGUAUAUCUUAUUUCAAUUGAAUUGCUAUUAUUACAUUAGAAGCAUGUUCAAAUACUAUGUUUGUAAUGAAAACGAGUUUAGGAACUUAAAACUCAUAAAUAACCAAAAUGAUAGUUCUUUGAUAUUUUUGUUCAUAUAAAAUAUGAAAUCAAAUUCUAAAUUUAUACAUAUUUUGAAUUUAAGAAUAUUGUGACAAAGCAUUUUAUUGCUACAUUAUAAAUCAAGUCCUCAUUAAAUAUUUUGAAUAUAAAAAUACUAACAUGUGGCAAAACAUUCAGCUGCUACAUUUAAACUCUCAAAUUAAAAAUUGUUGUUCAGAUAAAAGUUUUAUGGAUUCUAUUAUUUUUUGUGAAUAUAUAUGAAUUGUUAAAAAUCUGGAUUAAUGGAUUUCUAAUCUCUUAUAUAUCUACCACCUUACAUCUGCAUAUAAAUGCAGGAUGUUUAAAAAAUUGCAGAAUUAAUACCUUUUGGAUUGUUGGUUGUAGACCCAUGAUACCAUUUAAGAAAAGUCUUAAAUAAUAAAGGACUCCAAACUUACAGUAUUGCAGUACAGUGGUUUCCAGUAUUUGGCAGAAUUGGAAACUUGAGAUCCUUCAGUUAAAAAAAAGUAAAUAAAUAAAAAAAAAUUAAAAAAUAAAAAUUUUUCAUGUGCUUCCUACAAAUAAUAUUUCUAUUAGUAAAUAGUUCUUUACUUUAUCAAUAAUAAUUUUUUUUAAAUCGUAUAUCUUUUAUACAGAAUAUAUCUGAAGCUGUCUAAAUAUGUGAUUUAAACCACUUCCAGUUUCAGUGAAAACAUGGAUUUCAUGUGGCUUAAAAAUAGAAUUAUAUUUUACUAAAAUUUAUACUUCCAUGAUGUAAAAGAUAUCGUAUAUGAAUGUGUGUUAAGCACUUAAGUGUCUACAGUAGUAUUUGUAUGCGGUUUCCCAAAAUUUUGAUUAAUAAUUUAUUAGGUAAUUUAAAUAUUUUGAGAAUGGACUUUUUUUAUUAAUUUGGCUAUGGUUAACACUUUUCUUAUUGAUGCUUUUUACCUGUAGGACACAUCUUAAAAUUUAAGUUUCAUAUAUUUUUACUGAAAAGCGUCAUAUGAUAACACUUGCCAUGGAAAAUGUCAAAAUUAUACCUUAUUCUGCUCAUUUUUUUAAAAUUGAAUUUCAAAUUAGGUCUGCAGCCAACCAUUCAAGAGGUAUUUAGUCAUAUAACUUUUUGAAACACAUUGUAUGUAUAUAUAAGUGUUUUUGAAUUAUUGAUCUGACUUGGUGAAGUGCUUUAUACCUUUGAAUUAUUUCCAACUUAAUUUAUUGAUUCUAAUGUAUAAAUUAUUUAUGCUAAAUCUCUUCAGUCUGAUUUCUUUCAUUUCUGUGAAUCUCUCUUAGAAUAUGUUUUAAAAUUUUAGGUUAUGUUUUAUUAUCAUUAUCUGUUACUAUUUGAAGCGGAAAUAUUUUUGGAGGGGUGAUAAUUUAUAUUUUAUUUUAUAUUAGAUAGUAUUGUUUGUUUUUUGUUUAAUAAAUAUUUUUUAAAUUUUGAUGAAAUAAUCACUUUAAAGCCUAAAAUGUUAUACUAGUCACAAUAAAUAUAAGAUGUUUUACAUAUUUUGACUUCUUCAUAAUGUUUUUAAAUUUACAUCCUUAAAUUUCACUACAUUAUAAAUUCAUAUGACCAUUAAACUUUCAUAAAAGCUCUUUUAGAUUUAUAUUUAGAUUUAUAAAUUUAAUUUAAAAUUAUAAAGGUCUCUAAUAGCAAUUGAUUUUUAUUUCGAAACCUUUCUUGGUAAUCUGUUAUUGGACUUUCAUAUUAAUGGAUAAAACUGUUUAUAGAAUUUCACACUGAAAUCCCAUCUUGUUAAAAAAAAAUAGUAGGAGAUGAGGUUUCGCAGAUUACUAGUCUUCCAAUUUUUGUUUAAAUCUACUUAAAUCGGGAAUUUUUAAGCAGUUUUUUUAAUUAAGUCAUUUUUUAAAAAUUUAACAUAGAAUUGUCACAGUUAUAUAAAUUUCAAGUUUAUUAACAUAAAACGACUUCAUCAAAUUGCAUUUUUUGGGAAGAAGAAGAUAAGAAUGCCAGUUAAAUUUUGUCCAACCAACAUCAAAUUUUCUAGUUCAAAAUUUAUUUUUAGAAUUUAUAUUUUUUAAAAUCUCAGUGCUUACUUAAAUAUACCAUACAUAGCAAUGAAGAAUAUGACAAGUUUUGGGUUAUGUAGUGUGUUUAAUUUUAAGAUAUUCAUUUAAAUUUUUACAUUUAUAUUAGUUCUGAAUAAAGUUUCAGAAAACUAAAGAACUAGUUAAAACUUAAUCAUCUAACUAAAGAAAUAUAAAAGAUAAGCUCUAAUUUAAAUAUUAAAAUACUUAUUUUAAUUUCCUUUAGAAAAGUUAUUUCAAGACAAAUCUUUUUAAGCAACUGAAAUGUUGAUGGAGAAACUGAAAUGCAUGACCCUUCUAUUUAAUUAUCCUUUUCAUAUUAAGAAUUUUUGGAUCUCCCAAACUCUGUGAAAAAUUAGCUGAAUCCAAAUCCUGCAGAUCAGACUGUAUAAAAGAAAUGUCUCCUUCAAUAUUGGACUCUUGUUUCUAUCAUUGUUAUAUUUAUUUUUACUAUCAUAUCAUUGACUAUUAUUACUGCUGUUACUACUCUCAUUUAUCACUGCCUGUGAUGUGUAUUAUGUGCUUUUUAACAAAGGUGUUAAAGAUUUUUUUAUUUUUUUAAAAUAAUAUAAACCAGGUUCCGUUGCACAUGAAAAGGUACAUGUUAUUUUUUCUGAGAAAAAGCAAAAAUAUUUUUAAAAAGUCCUUUAUUUAUUAAAAACAAAUUGUACGUGCUAUCAACAGGUAAAAAAAGAAAGCUAAUUUUUGCUUCUUAGCCGUGUUUUAUUCGCAGUUUCAUGAUGGGGGAAAAUAGUACUUAAUUUUGUUGAAAUACAAUUUUUUCUUAUAAUAAAGAAAAAAAUAUUGUGAUUUAUAUAAACUAAGUUAUUGUUUAUGAAGUAUUUCUGUUCUUAGUAAGUUUGAAUCUAAAUCUGGCAGAUCAGACUGAAUAAAAGAAAUGUCUCCUUCAAUUUUGGACUAUUGUUUCUAUCAUUGUUACAUUUAUUAUUACUAUCAUACCAUUGACUAUUAUUACUGCUUUUACUACUCUUAUUUUUAUGUGCCUGUGAUGUGUUUUAUAUGCUUUUUAACAACUAAGGUGUUAAAAGAUUUUAAUUUUUUUUUUUUUUUUUUUUUUUUUUUUUUUUUGAAUAAUAUAAACCAGGUUCCUUUGCACAUAAAAAAGUACGUUAUUUUUCCUAAAAAGGCAAAAAUAUUUUUAAAAUGUCCGUCAUUAUUUAAAAAAAAAAUUGUACGUGCUAUCAACAGGUAAAAAAAGAAGCUCAUUUUUUCUUCUUAGCUUUGUUUAUUCGCAGUUUCAUGAUGGUGAAAAUAGUGCUUAAUUUUGUUGUAAUAUAAUUUUUUCUUAUAAUAAAGAAAAAAUAUUUUGAUUUAUAUAAACUAAGUUAUUGUUUAUGGAGUAUUUCUGUUCUUAGUAAGUUUUUUGAAAAUACAACAUUUAUAAAUGCAAGAAAUGCAGGCUGCACAUACAAGAAUUGAGAAAUAUUUAAAUUUUCCACAAAAUUAAGAUUUCAGUUUCAUUCAGUUAGAAAUUUUAUUCCCGUCAUGGGAUAAUGAUAUUGCUAAUUUACAGAAAUGUCUAACCUUUCGUUGCAAGUUUCAGUUUGGUGUUUUAUACUAAUAUGAAUAACAUACAGGUAAACUCCAGAUCCAGAAAUAAUAUGCAGAUACAUGAAUCCUUUGAUAAAAGGGUUCAUGUAUAUUUUAAUAAAAGGGUUUUUUUUUUUUUUUUUUUUUUUUUUUUGUUUGUUUUUGGUUCCAUUUGUGGCUGUUGAUUGUGGAGGCACCUAAUAGGUGGGUCAUCAUUGCCUCCUAGGAAGGGAUAGACAAAUUACAUCCAUGCGUUCACUGGGAUUCGAAUCCUAGCCAUUCAGUGUGGCAUUCAGUCACUAACCAUUUUCCCGUCUGGGUGAGCCUUCUGAUAAAGGUUAGAAUUAAAGUUUUACAUUAUUUUAACAAAGAAAGUUUUAAAAUUGUUUAUUAUUCAACAAAGAUCUUUUUGAAAAAGAAAUGCAGUGAUAUGCAAAAUUGGCACUGAGUGCUAUAACUGUCUACAUUAUGUUACUUACACUACUUUUCAAACUACUUUUCAUUCUGUAAAAGUAAUUGAAUUUAAUUUAAAUGCUGAAUUCACUUUGAUACUAAAUAUCAAAUUUUGGGAUUUAAGAAAGUGCAAAUAUUAAGUAAAAAUUUUUAUAUUUGAUUUAGGAAAUAAUUGAUUUUUUUGGGGGGGAGGAACUUUGCUCAGAUUAUUUUUCUGUUGGAUUCAUGAAAAAGCUUAAAUUUCAUGUAAUCAAAAUUAUAGCACAUGGAGAAAAUGAAAAUCUAUUUGGAUUCAUUUUUUAAAUUGAAGUGUUUUUUAAGACAUUAUAUAAUGCAUGGUUUGCAGCAAAAGUGAAUUUUAAUGUUUCGUUUUAUUUUAUGCUCAAAUAAAAUAUCCUAAUACAAGAAAAAUAGUGUUUUCUUUGUUAUGCUAAUAUGCAAAAAGCAUAAUAAAUGCAUAAAAAUUAUUAACUGUUAAAGAAAUGAGAGAGAUAAAAUAGUAUUUUGUUCCUGCUCAAUGGAGCUGAAAUUUUAUUUUAAGCAAAAUACUUGUUUCAGAAAAACUUCUUUAUUAUGAAUAUUUACUUACUCAUUUUUUUAGAAUUAUCUUUAAGAAGUUUAUUCUAUUAUGCAUAUGUGUUAUUUAUUGUUAUCAUGUAUAUGUGUUAGUGAUAAAAUUAAUGCUGUUCACACAUAUAUUUGUGUAAAAUUGUAAAUCAUGUUCAAGAUAUAUUUUUAUACCCAUUUAAUGUCAUUUUUAUGUAGAUAUGAAUGCAUGCAAAAUUAUUUUGUAUAUGUGAAAAAUAAAUGUAUUUAAUAUGAA